AUGGUGAAACCAACAAAAGUUAUGGGAACAAAUUGUAUGAUAAGGGAAUCACUAUUGAAAUGUAUAAAUAGUUGCAAACAGUUAAAAUUACAAAAAAUUAAAAGUAAAAAUGAUAAAAUUCGAUUAUUAAAAACUAAAAUGUCUGUAUUAAACGUUCAAAAAAGAAUUAAAAAUUAUGAAGCCGGUGAAAACGAAAAAUCUUGUAACUAUAAACCAGUUGAUUUGUCAAAAAGAAUCAUAGCUAACAAGAAAGUGAAACACUGCAAAAUUAAAACUAAUGAACAAUUUCAGUGUCCAAACAAUAUGGAACCUGAAAAAAAAACUAAAAAAAUUCCAUCAAAAAUUUUUAGUCGAAAAUUUUCAAAGUAUAAAGAUGUUCAACAAAAGUUAAAAGCUAAAUUCAAAUCUAAUUACAAUAGUAGUGGCAAAUUUGAUCAAAGCUCAACUAAAUAUAAAGCAUACGUAAAUAAAAAUAAAAAUAAGAAAAAUAAAUCAUUUUUGAAAUAUUCUAUGUGUAGUUUUGGUUUUAAUAGAAAAAUAUUAAAAAAAAAACGUACUGUGUGUCCAGAACUUCCAGGGAAAGGGACUUACAAUCAUCGGUUUGCGUAUGAUGACGCAUUGCAGUUACAACGGAAAGGUAUUGAGGUAGACGUACUAUAUAAAGUGAAAAAUAAAACUGACUCUAUUUAUGUCAUAAAUGGAGAAUUUCUAUGGACGAAGAAUAAACGAUCAUCCAAAAAACCUAAAGCAGUUAUAAAUACUGCAGAUAAAAUAAGACAAGAGCAAAAACUUACUGAGUCGCUAAUAUCAUUAUCAUUACAAGAAAAGGCUGAAUUGGCUAAAAUGCUGAAAGAAAAUGCACAGAAAAAAAGAUUAGCUAAAAUGGUUUUGUUACAGAAAGCAGAAGUUGAAAGAGAAAAAAAACUAAGACUUGAUGAAUUUAUAAGGAAACGAGAUUUGGAAAAUAUAGAGAAGGACCUUCGUGCUAAGGAGUUAAGCAAAACAGAAAAAUUAUUGAAAAAAAAAGCAAAGGAUGAAAAAAGAAAUCAAAAAGAAAUGGAAAUAGAUAUUGCAAAAUAUAAUGCUGAAAUGGAAAAAUUAAGACGACUGAAAUUGCAACAAAAUAUUGCGUCAAUAAAUAACAAUAAUGAUGAUAUGAAUACCACACAUAAUGAACAAGUAAUAAACCAGAAAAAUGGCUACGAUGGACUUAAGGUCAUUACUGAUUCAAACAUUAUUAAUGAUAUCGGACGAUGGGCAUUACAGAAUGAUGGCAUCUUUAACAUGUCAUGGUUAAAAAUUGUAGCUCGUCGGAUUGAUUCUUUGGAUGGGCGAGUAGAUACAAUAUUCAAGAAUAAAUGGAUGCAGAUUGCCAUUGAUAAAGUGGUCGAUGUAAUGACAGAGAAAAAACUGAUGUCUGAUUUUUAUAAAAAAGAUUUAAGUCACCGAAAAUUGUUGUGCAAUAAAAGUGUCCAGGUAUCCCCUAGUUUUGUAAUAAAAAAUAAAAGAAUGAUGAAAUGCCACAAACGUCAUACUUCAAUCAGCAUUCGCAAGUCUCCUAAGUUCUCCGGUUGUCCGGGUGAUGGUCAAGGCGUUAGGAAACUGCACAAGGUGAUUAAAACAGAAGGCAGCUAUUUUCAAGUGAUCAGCGUGGAUGCCUUUGGGUCAUAUUGGUGCAAGGAGUGGAUGAAUUAA